GACAAUUUGUGUUUGUGAUGUGAAAUGUGAACGGUCUUCGAUCAAAAUUUACAAAGUUUGGUUUGUUUUCCAACCGAGUGUGUGAAAAUUUGUUAAUAAAAUUCUAGUCGUCAUGAGAUAAUUUAUUAUAUUAUACACAAGACCAAUAGUUUGAUGUGAUUAAUAAAUUUAAUAUGAAAUCGGCGCGGGUUAGGUUCGUCAAAAAUGAGAAGUGCUCCUUUGGUUGUCACGCGCUAUUGUGAUUUACUCCAAACAGAAGGAACUUGGAGGAGUGAUUUUUGUUGAAAGAGUUGUUAUAUGUAUGCAGCGGGAAUGGCAAUAAUGGCAGUGUCUGUUGGGGAAAUUUGCGAGAACACGAAACUUGCUCGGGAAAUGGCACUGAUGGGGAACUAUGAAUCCGCAUUGGUGUACUACGAAGGGACAGUUCAGAUGAUCCACAGACUCCUCAUCACCAUAGCAGACCCCACGCGCAAGUCCAAGUGGCAACUGGUCCAGAAGCAAAUGGCGCGGGAGUACGAACAGCUGAAGGCGACGGUGGCGACACUGCAGAUGUUCCAGCACGAGGGAGAGAAGGCCAUCACUCCUCUCACCUGCAGGUACGAAGACCUGCCGACCCGCGACCAAAUGUGGGCGCCGGCGCCGCACGAGAUAGACCCGGACAUCUGGCCGCCGCCGCCCGACCGGGACCCCGCCGCCUGGCCCUCGCCCACGAGCGUUGAACACAAAGGACCACCCGUAAUGAAAUCGGCUCGAAACAACCCCCGCAACAACAGGACCACAGACAAGAAGACCGCAGGCCCACGGAACGCGACCACAUCACAAAGGAGGGCAUCCGACGCUAAGAAUCCCAGAAUAAAUACCAACAACAAAGCACAUAGCGCAAAAACUAAAGACACAAGCAACAAGGACCAGAGCAACGCAAAGGACAAGCAAGACAGAGACAAUAAUAAUGGUGACACAGACGACGAGAAACACAAAGAAGAUGAAAGAAGAUUCGAACCACCUUCUGCGGCUGAUGGCGACCUAGUAGAUAUGUUAGAAAGAGAUAUAGUUCAAAAGAAUCCCAACAUCAGAUGGGAUGACAUCGCUGAUCUCACAGAGGCCAAGCGAUUGUUGGAGGAAGCCGUAGUCUUGCCAAUGUGGAUGCCAGAUUUUUUCAAGGGUAUCCGUCGGCCGUGGAAAGGGGUCCUCAUGGUAGGUCCUCCGGGCACAGGGAAGACCAUGCUGGCCAAGGCGGUGGCCACGGAGUGCGGUACCACGUUCUUCAACGUGUCCUCCUCCACCCUCACGUCCAAGUACCGCGGCGAGUCGGAGAAACUAGUCAGACUGUUGUUUGAGAUGGCGCGGUUCUACGCGCCGAGCACGAUCUUCAUCGACGAGAUCGACUCGCUGUGCUCGCGGCGCGGCUCCGACAGCGAGCACGAGGCGUCUCGCAGAGUCAAGUCCGAGCUGCUGGUGCAGAUGGACGGGCUGGGCUCCGCGCACGACGAGCCCGCUAAGGUAGUAAUGGUAUUAGCGGCGACAAACUUCCCGUGGGACAUAGACGAGGCGUUGCGGCGGCGGCUCGAGAAGCGGAUAUACAUCCCGCUGCCCACGCAGGAGGGGCGCGAGGUGCUGCUGCAGAUCAACCUGCGAGAAGUCAAGGUGGACCCCGAGGUGGACCUGCAGGCCAUCGCCAAGAAACUCGACGGGUACUCGGGCGCUGAUAUCACUAACGUCUGCAGGGAUGCCUCAAUGAUGUCCAUGCGCCGCAAGAUAGCCGGCCUCAAGCCGGAGCAAAUCAAACAGCUGGCCAAGGAGGAGCUGGACCUGCCCGUCACCAAGCAGGACUUCAUGCAGGCGCUGGAGAAGUGCAACAAGUCCGUGUCCAAGGGUGACAUACAGAAGUAUCUCUCGUGGAUGACAGAGUUCGGCUCCUCUUGAUUGAUGUAGACUUUACAGUACUUACAAGGACUUAUAUGUAUACAGGUGUUGAGGACUUUAUCAAUGUAUAUUGGACUAGGAGUUUGGGAUAGCGAGUAAUACCGCAUUUUAUGAAGGUCGAAAGUUUGUUUAUGUGACGUCUCCGAAACAAGCCGAACGCACGCCUCUAUUCAGAAAUUCUGAUUGUCCUUUAGUACAAAGACCUCCUCCAAGCUCUUCCACAAUAGGCUACUCGCCUGCUGUACAAAACUAAGAAGAUUUUUUGCACAGAGGCAGUUUAGAUGCCUAGAAACUCUAAUCACAUUUUUAUUUGUGAAAAUAAUCUCGUAAUUGUAAUAUUUUUAUAAAACAAAAUUGUAUUUUUAUCACGUCACCGCAAACGCCAAUCAAACUGUAACGUCAUUCGCUACAAGGCAUCGGUUUGUGAUUGGCGCUUGCGGUGACGUGAUAUAAUCAUAUCUCUGCAAACGCCAAUCACGCUGUUAUCUCUUUGAAUGACGUCACUUGCUAAUGUGUUGUGUUUCGGCGGCAC